UAUAUUUAUCAAAAGGGCAAGGUUUCAGACCCAUUUUUUAUUGUUUUACUUUUACUGAAGAAAUGAAAUAGUAGUGCUUUACAAUUGACAAUGCAUGUUUAAUUCAGUACUUACUAAUUUCCGAAAUUUCUGUGCCCGCAGCAAGACCACUAAAGAAGUUUAUCAAUAAUCCUCAAACGGCCCCAGAGACCAACAAAAAAUCCGCAUCCAUGAGAAGACGGGAAUGGCCAAUGCAAUGGAAGAUAAAAGAAAACUGAACAUUAUCUGGACAAGUGUUAUUUUCUUCUCUCUGCUGCAUAUAAUGGCAGUUUAUGCCUUAUAUUUGGUGUUCUUCGAAGGUCUAGCACUAACCACUAUGUGGGUUUAUGUGUACGGCUUACUCGGAGGACUGGGCGUUACGGCGGGUGCCCACAGGCUAUGGACACAUCGCUCUUACAAAGCUAAACUCCCCCUACGAGUGAUGCUUAUGCUCUUCCACUGUAUUGCUAUACAGAACACUGUACUGGACUGGGCACGUAACCACCGCAUGCACCACAAGUACUCGGAAACGGACGCGGACCCUCACAACGCUAAACGAGGUUUCUUCUUCUCUCACAUGGGAUGGCUUAUGGUUAGAAAGCAUCCGGACAUCAAAGCUAAAGGUCAUACCAUCGACAUAAGUGACCUAACGUCCGAUCCUGUACUUCAGUUCCAGAAAAAGUACUAUGGCGUGUUGGUACUGUUGAUGAGCGUGGUAGUGCCAAUGUACAUAGCUACUCUCUGGGGCGAGACGCUGUGGAACUCCUUCUUUAUAGACGUUAUAUAUCGAUUCACAAUUUCAUUACACCAUACUUGGCUAGUCAACUCUGCUGCACACAUGUGGGGUAACAAACCUUACGACAAGCACAUCAACCCAGCAGAGAACAAACUCGUUGCGAUAUGCGCCUUUGGUGAAGGUUUCCACAACUACCACCACGCCUAUCCUUGGGACUACAAGACUUCAGAAUUAGGGAAUUAUUCAUUGAAUGUUUCGACAUUAUUUAUUGAUGUGAUGGCCAAAAUAGGCUGGGCGUAUGAUUUGAAGACAGUGCCUCAUGAGAUUAUAAAACAGCGAAUUGAAAGGAGUGGAGAUGGUAGUCAUGUAAAAUUUAAUUAACGUUAUAAGUAGUAUAAAAUAUAGGUACCUAUAUUUGGGACGUUUUGAAAGAUAAUAAGUUCGAUUGAAUUGAUUGCUCGAAUUGAAGUUAAAACUUCAUCGUAGUACGAAGAAUCGCGUCACAAGUUGUAAUUUUUCUGUAAGUACGGUCACGAGCAUUAAAUGUAUACACUUUGGUACCAUGUCACAUUAACUAUUUUGACAAAUUGAACUGUAAGUCUUACUAAAUGUCAAAUAUGUUAGUGCGACAGAGUCCUAAUGUAGGUAUAUUAUAUUGUUUAAGACUGUACUUACCUAUAAGUAGAUAAAAAUUAUGUAAUCUCUUGAUGUAAGUAUGGAUAGAAAUCUUGAGUAGACGGCCCUAAGUACGUGUUGUUAUUCCGCAAGCAGAGGGCGAGGCAGUAAGUAAUUACUUACGUAUGCAAUUUAAAAUACACCAGCCUGCAAAACAAAGUAAGUACUUACUACACUUUCAACGUUUUUAUUUUUUUAUUGAUUACAGAUGUUCGAGAUUUAAAAUUAAAAACGUUUUAUAGAUAAUUUUAUUAGCUUUCUUUGUAACUGUGGGAUGAAUGAAAGUGUUUAUCAUCAUCAUCAUCAUCAAAAGAGUAAUAUAGAGGUAAUAUAAGACGAACGAAUAAGAGAGAGACAGGUACGUGAGACAGAGAUACAAGAACAGAGUGGAAGAGUAAGAUUAUUUAUGAAUAUAUUUGAUUUUUUUUUUAAACUAAAACCCGACUACGGAAAAAUCACGCUCUAAAAAGUAUGAAACAAGAAAUUAUGUAUAUUUCUCUGAAAUUCUUCCGAAUAUUGGUGUUUAGCAGAUAGCCGUGGUCGUAUGCCGUGAUAAGCAAACUUCUAGGACAAAUUCAUAUAAUACAUACAUACAUAGCGGUCAAACACAUAACCUUACUUUUUUCUUCGUCGAAGUCGGGAAAAAAAGGGACUGACGAGGAAUUAAGGACGACGUGUGUAUGCAAUGCGCUGCGGAAGGUUUUUUUUUUCAAAUUCAACUUAGGUAAUUCAGGAUAUUGCGGUGUAAUUUAUGUGUUGUUUAAAAUCAUUUAAAAACAAUAUAGUGGAAAAUGUAAGUGUUUAUUUUCCCACUCCCUCUAAACAUACAUUAUCUGUCCAUUCUAUCUUUAAAAAAGAUAAAGCUACAAAAAAUCCAGUUUUAGCUUAUCGUCAAAAACUCAAUUAACAUUUAUAAAUUGUAUGUCUUAUAUGAUCAUUUAUUUUUUAAUAACUGGUCUUGUCUCCUCGGGUUUCAAGACGCAGGUGGACCUCCCCGAGAAGACCGUUUUGUUUCUAAUGUGUUGAGAAAUCGCAACCUUAACGCAGUUGAACUCCAGCUACAGUUUCUUGAGACCCGAAGGGACUACAUUAUGUUAUAGAGAUAACAUUAUUUAGAAAUCGCUUUAUAUUUUAAAUCUCAAACUUCUAUUGUUUAAAAACUAAUUGCAGUAAUUGAAAAGUGUAGUAUGACGAAUGUAUCGUUUACCUAUACUUACUACUAAUUAAGUAAUAUUGUAAAUGAAUAAGUUUGUUUGGUUACUCAUUCAAAGUCUAUUACCUACUAAUCCGAUCAUGAUAAACUUUUACAUACUUAGACGUAAUCUGGUUUACAUGUUUUAUUUUUUAUUUAAAAAGGUACCUAUACUGAUUAAAUAUACAUCCAUAUAUAGUUAAAUAUUGUGCGGAAGGCAAGAGGGAAACCACUGCCCUAUUUUGCCCUAAAAAUAAGCAUGGAGAAUGCUACAAUGACAACAGCGUGGCUCUUAAAAUUAAAUUAGUGAUCAUGAUAUAAAUACCCGUAUUUUUCAUUUUUUCCCUUUCAUGUUUAUUAGGUACAGAAAAGAAAAUACGUUAAGUACUCUGCAGUGUACCUACUUAUCAGUAACUAAUUAUCAGUAACUGAAGUGUCCACGCGAGUGAAGUCGCGGGUAAUAACUAGCGACUUCACUUUUAUCAUCAACAUCGUUAAUGAAAGCUUUGCAUGAAAUAAAUAUCAAUUAAUUGCCAACAAAUAACAACGCACUGUCGUGAAUAUCAACAAUUGUAAUUAACGAAAUUAAUUAAAUAAAUUAGAUAAUUAUUGGAAUAAAGAAUACACCAAACUUACUUAAAAAAACAAAGGUCGCUGGUCGUGUUCGUCAUCACUUUUUUAAUGAUGAAAGACGAAUGCUAACAAAGGAUAAACACUUGCAUAAUAUUAUACCUAAUGUAUAAAUAACAUUCUGAACACAAGUAUAGUUUAGUUUACUCUGAUACUUUCUGUAGACCAGUAGCACCCAAACAAGCGAGCAAAUCCACUAAUAUAGUUUAUUCAUUAAGUAAGUAAUGUCGCAUAAUUAAAAGCUCUUUUACAUUAUUCACAUUUCGGCAUUACCGGUGUAAAGGCAACGACAAAGCCUAUGGAAUAAAUUAAUAAAAACAAAAAAAAAACUCCGUAAGUAUUAAGUAUUUUUUGGAAGAUGAGCUGGGGGUUAAUAGGGCCACAUUAAAGCAAUUCACCUAAAAAAGCAAUAUUGCUAUUUGACAUUUUGUUUGCAUUGCACACUUACUUUUAUAUGCGCAAGUGUCAAAUUGCAAUAUUGCUUUUUUAGAUGAAUUGCAUCGAUGCAGAUGUGGCCAUUUUAACCCUGGGGGGUUAAAAUCAGAACUCUAAACCGGCGCGCAUGCACGAAAUCUUUGUGUCUUCGAUGAGAAUGGAAGAAGCGAAAGUGCUGUGUCAGGAUCGUAUUGAGUGGAAUUCCGUUGUCUCUGCUCCAACGGAAAUUAGGCGUGAUAUGUGUAUCUUGGAUUUUUGCUAUGCGUAUUGCGUACUCAUGUGAAGACCACACCGCCUUUUUAACCCCACUGGACUCCUUAAUUUCAAAUUAAGUUACUUUCUUAACAAAAAUAAAGCAUACAAUAGGUAUUGAAUUACAAAAAGUAUUGUAGAAAUUGUGCAAUCGUAACUCCCAUACAAGGCUUAAAAAACAUGUAAGUACUUGGAUGUCAGUAUUGUCCUUUCGCGGGUGGCAAUAAAUUCCAAAGUUCUCUGAGAUGAAAUGAGUAAAGUGUGUGUGUAUAUGUGUAAGAAAGAGGGACAGUUUGUGUUAUAUGUGUAUGAACCAUCGACUGAAACGUAUGAAAACUGACUACUUGUGACUAAUGUUUAAAGUCGUAAAGUCCCUUGUCCUUUUUAAAAUCUAAACCCCCCACCUCCAGACACAACUAGGCCUUACGGUGAUAAAACAGCAUUGUAAAAUCAGAAUAACAGAAUAGUCAUUGUAUAGGAUAACUAGCUGGGGUUUAGUACCAGCAGAAAGUGGAACUAAAUUUAAAUUACUUGCCUAGGCAUUGAAUGGUGUCGAAUUAAAUGUUUUUGAUCCAAGUCAUAUGCCUAGCCGUUUUAUGAAAUGACUGAAUAUCAUUCAGGCCGUUAGUUGAACGACUUCGUUUAGUAAAAAAAAGGCGAAUUAAGCUAGUUGGCUGUGAAAUAGUUAAUUGCAUCGUGAUUUUCAGCGUAAAGUUGGUCCUGAGA